AUGGGCGACUUCGGCCCCGCCUACGCCUACGCACAGCAGGACCCGGGACUGGUGUGCCAGGAGUGCCACGCCGGCCCGCUCCGCCUCCCACGCUCCGGCACGUGUCCGCACUGUGGCACCUCGCUGCGCGGUGCCGCACCCGCUGGAAGCCGCGGCGGCGGCGGUGGCAGCGGUCCAGACAUGGAAACGGCGACGCUCGAGACGAUGGUGCCCGCGCUCCUGCAGCGAAUCGUCGCGCCGGGCCUACUCGAGGGCCUCGCAGACUAUGGCGACGCCAGCGCCGCCGCCGACGAGACGGCCAUCGAGUCGCUCGAGACGGUAAAAGUUGAGCCGCAUGUCCGGAACGCGAGCGAGCUGUCCGGCGCCGUGGUGCUGGCGUGGCGCGGCGGCUGCUCGUUCGUGGACAAGGUGCGGCGGGUGCAGCAGGCGGGCGCGGCGGCCUGCCUGGUGGUGCAGACGGGCGACAAGUGGCCCCUCUCCAUGUCGGACUCCGCGAGUGCCGGGAGCGACAUCACGCUGCCCUCGGCGAUGCUGAAGCCUGCCGACGGCGAGACGAGCGCUCGAGGGGCGGAGCUAGUCGCCUCGACGCUGGCGGUGCGGCUGCCGUGCAGACACACAUUCCACGAGGAGUGCCUUCGCGCGUGGCUCUCGAAGCACAACACGUGCCCGACGUGCCGCGCGAAGCUGCCGACGACCGCCGAGGUGGCGGCCGCAGAGGAGGAGCGCGAGGGCGGCCCGCCGCCCCCCUCGCAGGGACGGCGGGUCGGCGGCGUCGCGUUUCGCGGCCCCGAGGUGGCGUGA